AUGGCUGAAAUCAUCGGUAAACGACAACGAAGAAAGAGCCUGGGCGUCUUCACUCCAUCACUCACAACAUCGACCUCAGUCCAGCCUCCAGUGCAUGACCGAACACCCUCGGAUGAAAUCUUGAGCCUAGAGAAGAAGCCCCAACAAAAUUCCGGCUUCUUUGGCCGGUCUUACAGUCCCAAUGGAGGCUCCGAUGGAUCGAAUAACCGCCGCCCUGGGACGGCAGGUUCCGACACUGCUGGCUGGCCAGCAGCCGUACCCGUUAAUGAGACAACACCGCGCCCGCGGAGGAAGUCGCUGCACAAAAAGCGAGCCUCGGUCUUUGGAUCUCUGAGAUCAUUGCACUCUUGGGAGGAUGAUGAACCUCUGAGUACCUCCGUGGGCUCGGCAGUAGACGAGCAGACCACGGCCACUCCACGGAAUGGGACCUGGUCAUCUGCAAUCAUCCACUACGGGGAAGUUCAGACGACCGGAGGCAUGUGGAGGAAGAAAAGUCAAUAUUUGGUUCUCACAGAUACCCAUCUCAUUCGCUUUAAGAACCAAAGCAAAGCCGCCGAUGUUUUUGUUUCCAUUCCCUCUUCUCACGCACGGGUUCCGGCUUCCCAUCGCCAAUCGAUGUCUUCAGUCACUUCCCUGCCGGAUGCGCAAUUAAUGGCGUCUGGAGACGCAUCUGCUGGAAUCCCAUUAAACAGCAUCAUUGCGGUAUACAUGCUGGAGGAUGCACGAUUAUCCCCAUCGGUCGAAGUGGCAUAUCUCGAUGAGCGCACACAAAAAGCCACAAUGGUUCAGAUGCAGACAUCUGAUCUGCAGGAACUGAACCUUUGGAUGGUGGGCAUUCGUCAAGCUGCCCAGAUGGCUAGAGCAAAUUUUCCAAUGCCAUUUAACAGGGGAUCGAUUGAGUAUGUAACUCGUAUGCUGGAACAUGAGCGAGAUUAUGACCCAGAGGUGUUUCGCAUGUUCCGAGUCAUUCAAAUCGCGUCCAGCAAGUCAGUCACCCGCUCUUCCUCUGAUGACUUGGCCAAGCUGUCGCCCACGGGCUGCUAUCUUGCCAUUGGCGCACACAAGCUUCACAUGCUGCCCAUGCAGAAGACAAUCAAUCGAUCGUCGGUCGUAUCCCUGUCAGACUGGGAGGCUGGUACUUCAUUUGGUCUGAUGAAUCUGACUGGUUUAUCGAUGGAGUACGGUGACGACAGUUUGCAUCUGACCUUUAGAGUUCCUCUCAAGAAAUCCUUCAAUGUGUUCCUGGCCUCUGUUCAUUCGGUUGAAGUCGCUUGCUGGAUCCGACAACAAACUGAAUAUCUCCGUCCAUUGUGGAUCAGACAGCCGUACGAAUUCGUUGUUCCAAAAGAAUUGCACAAUGACGACAACUUCCUCCCUGUUGAUUUAGAUGAAGAUUAUGGAUGCUUCGACCGAACGUUGGUCGCUUACUCCGCCAGUUAUGACAUCGAUACAUCAAAUAUUCGAUACACAAUCGACCAGGAAUGUGAGGAUGCUCCAUGCUUCCGUCUUCUGAAGCCUGCUUCUCCCAAAACUCCGCGGUACAACGCUUUAGAACUCAUUGCGGUCAUGCGCACACUUCGCUACAAUGAAUUCUUCCGGUCAAUCUCGUUCCGCGGGGUCAAUCUUGAUGCAUUGCAGGGCCUUCGUGAUACUCUUGGAGUAGAUGCCGACGUUCAUCUCGACCGAGGAGGCGCCUCCGUGCACAUUCCAGGCCAGACGAAUCUGACUGUUCUCUCGCAAGAAGUGCGAGCUUUAGCUCUGAAGAGCAAAUGGCUGCGCCGACUCGACUUCUCUUACUGCCUUUCACGAGUACCGACCCCAACCCUCGACAAGGGUACUCGUGAUCCAGGCUGUGGUAUUCCAGAGGCGAUCUUCCCUGUGUGCCGCCGAGAAUUGACCAGCGUGGAUUGGGUGGUGCUCAACGGCAUCAAGCUGGGUGAGUCCGAUCUGGACUAUCUCGUCGAUGCGGCUUCGCAAAGGCGUAGUCAUCUGCGAGCUCUGGAGGUCGGGGACUGUGGAUUAUCCGUGCAUGACCUAGACCUUCUUCUUUCGACUAUUGUCGCACAAGAAUCAACACUUGAGGCAAUCAACAUCUCAGGCGUGCAGGGCCGAUUGAACCCUAGUGUGAUCCAGCAAUAUAUUGGCUACUUCGGACAAAUCCGCAAAAUCAACUUAUCUCGCAUCUCACGGACGUCUGGCAGCGACCCGCUGAUCACGGCCGAAAUGCUGUUCAACUGGCGACUUGAAGAGCUGGCUCUUAGUCGGACGGUUUUGAAUCGCGAGACCGUGGAUGCCAUUGCUACUUACCUGGCUAGCGAUCGCUCUCGAAACCUUCGUGUGCUUCGUCUGGAUCAGUGUGGUCUGACCGGAGAAGAUGUGGCCAUGUUUAUGCACUCGAUGUCCAUUGAACCUGAUUCCCCGCGCAGUCUCCAUCUGCAUGUCAAUGAGAAUCACAUUGACAACGGCUGCUCUCACGUUUUCAAUGCUAUUGCGAAGAAUCAGACCCCCUCGCAUCUGUCGAUGCGCAUGAUAGAUUUCAAAAAAGAAGACAAUUUCCGCGAGCUCGUGGAUUCACUUCGGAAGAACAGCUCCCUCAAGUUCCUGGAUAUUUCGAAGGCUUCCCUCCCAUACGAUGCUAGUCCUGAGACUUGCCGCUCGUUGCAGGUGAUGCUCGAGGAUAAUGAGACUCUUGAGGCUUUGGACAUUAGCGGUGACAAUGCGCACCUUGAUGUUGCACGCUUCGGUAUUGGUCUUAAUCUUGCGCUGACUGGCCUGAAGAGAAACAAAUCUUUAAAGGUCCUGAGAAUUGAACACCAGAAACUCGGCCUUCAGGGUGCGAAUACGCUUGCCUCUGUCUUAGAGGAGAAUGAUUCGCUGCGUGAAGUACACUGUGAGAAUAAUGAUAUGAAUCUGCAGUCCUUUACAGUGUUAGUCAACGGCCUUCGGUGCAACCACUCCCUUCUCACUCUCUCCUCUAUGGACCGAGAUCGAGCCCUGUCACUGGACAAAGUACGCCGAGAGGUCGAUCAUGUUCGAUGGGAGUCUGGCAGCAGCAACCAAUCUUCCACGGCAAGCUCGGUCCGUCGCACUCUGUAUGCAGCGAUGAGUGUUGGUCAAGGGGGACAAGGGCACAGACUGAGCAAAGUACCACCGCCUAGUGUUGCCUCGGCCUCGGAACACUCUCCAACCAUCAACCCCAACGUUGAACUUGUCUUGCAGUCUCUGAACGAGAGAUGGGACACGGAAGUCUCCCGGCUCAAUCGAUACCUCCUCCGCAACUAUAAUAUUGCCCAUGGGAUUGAGGAAAUGGAUGAUGAUUUUGAUGAUGAUGAUGAUGCUGCCAGCGAUGGACGGCCCGGGACAGCCGCGAGCCUGGGCACAAUGCUUGACAAGCUCAAAUUCAACGUGUCCGUGUCAGCAGAUGAGAUCCGGUCGUCGCCACCAGAUGAGUCUCCUGCUGUCAUUCGACUUUCAGAAUCCUCCGACACCCCAUCCCAGUUUUCGUCGAACAUCGAGACCACUCCAAUCCAACCAAAACGCCCUUCACACAAUACCCGCCGCCCUCAUACCGCUGCUCCUACACAAUCCGUUCCAUCCGGUCACUCUCGCCUAGCUCUCCCGGUCCCAGCCGUGCCUCCAGCAGUUGGAAAGGCAGAGAGCGUCCGCAGUGGACGCAGUUCUUCCAGCAACGCCUCAAUAGGCACCGGCAGUACACGCAGAGCCUACGGCGUCGCCUCCUCUACCCUUAGAGGCUUCCUCAGCGGCACCGCGUUGAGGGAACGUCGCCGUGCGGAUGCAGCACGCCCCUCGCCUGUGUGCGUCAACAAUGACAAGCCGCCUCAGCUAGACUGGGUACCACCAAAGCUUGACUUGUGA